CUCUUAUCCGGUCAGUUUUCGGGGAAUCCCCAAAGCGUGGUUAUUCAUCCAGCAGGUCUGUGUAUUUACCCUUUAACGAAAUCAAAACAUUCGACGUUCUUCCAUCGGACGAUCGUGAAAUAACUCCACGGAAGACGAGCUUGGCACUGCCUGCCUGGCUUGUGUGCUUCUGCGGUCAAGCACACGUGAGUGGAAGCCAACAUGACUGAGCAGGAGGGGACUGGGGCCCUGGAGUACAGCCUGAGCCAGGACGAGACUUUUCAGGCCCUGUGGAACACUGUGACUGUUCCCACUGAAGAUGAGGGCUGGGGAAGUCUGGAUAAUGUAAGUGUGCCUGAUGCACUGAAUUGUGACCAUUUGCAGUUCCAGCAGUACCUGGUGGGGAGCCCUCUGCAGGACGGGUUUGAUGAGAAGCUGUUUGACGUCCCAGCGACCCCGGCCCCCCCUCAGCCCUCGGGCUCCGCCCUGGACAGCGGGGCCCCCCCUGCCUCCACCGUCCCAACCACCACGGACUACCCCGGCGAGUUUGGGUUCCUGCUGCGCUUUCAAAAGUCAAGUACUGCCAAGUCUGUGACGUGCACCUAUUCGCCGGAGCUGAAUAAGCUGUUCUGUCAGCUAGCGAAGACGUGCCCGGUGCAGAUGCAGGUGACCCACACCCCUCCCCCCGGGGCCGUCCUGCGCGCCACCGCCGUCUACAAGAAAUCCGAGCACGUGGCCGAGGUGGUGCGCCGCUGCCCCCACCACGAGAGGACCUCCGAAAACAAUGACGAUUCCACCCCUCGUAGUCACCUGAUUCGGGUGGAGGGCAGCCAGCGCGCCUGGUACACUGAGGACAGCAACACCCUCAGACACAGCGUCCUGGUGCCCUAUGAGCCUCCACAGCUGGGUUCAGAGUGCACCACUGUCCUCUACAACUUCAUGUGCAACAGCAGCUGCAUGGGCGGGAUGAAUCGCAGGCCCAUCCUCACCAUCAUCACUUUGGAGACACAGGAAGGUCAGGUGUUGGGCCGGCGCAGUUUUGAGGUCCGUGUUUGCGCCUGUCCGGGUCGCGACAGGAAGACCGAGGAGGACAACCACAGGAAGCAGCAGGAGAAGAGCGGCACCAAGACCGGCGGCGGCGCCAAGCGCACAUUCAAAGAGUCUUCCCUGCCAUCUUCACAGCCGGAAGACAGCAAAAAAACCAAGACCACCUCCAGCAAUGAGGAAGAGAUCUUCACCCUACAGGUUCGUGGGAAGAAGAGGUUUGAGAUGUUAAAGAUGAUUAACGACUCUCUGGAGCUGAAAGACCUGGUGCCAGCUGCUGAUCAGGACAAGUACCGGCAGAAGCUGCACUCCAAGAGUACCAGCAAGCGAGAGAGGGAACGCGAAGGAGUGGAGCCCAAGAAAGGGAAAAGGCUUCUUGUGAAGGAGGAGAAGAGCGACUCUGAUUGAAGGGGGGAAGAAAUGGAAACUGGGAAAGGGGGAGAGGAUUCUGUUCCACUGCCUCUGAUUUCUAAAGAACAACUUUGACUUGCUAUUCUGGGUUGGGGUCAGUUCCAUGUCAAUUCAGUCAUUUCCGAAGAUUAAUUGAAAUUCAGCUAAUUGACUGAACAAUUCUCAUUGAGCAAGGUGGGCAUGUUUUUGAAUUUGUGAACAGAAUUUCCUGAUCUGACCUAGUUGAAACUGAGUUGACUCCAACCCAGUUUGAUAUGUAGGGUGUAGGGUUGUGGGACACAUUACUUUUUAGUGCGUUAUUCGUAAGUCUGAAUUAGCAUACUUUUUAGUUCCCUUCUGUAUUGUAGUCUGCAAAAUAUCCUUGGAGUAUUAUGAGAACUUUCCCAGCUCUUCAGAGUAAGGCUAAUCAAGUGUACUGUUUCACUGCCAUAUUUUCCCAGAUCUAGACAUUUCUUUCAUAUGGUGUAUCUGGAUCAAAUGUGUCCCGUCUUCUAAUGACACAAGCUAUUUUUAUUUGUUGUUUUUUUUUUUUCUUUGGUGGGGGAUUCGGGUAUAUUGCUUGCUGGACCAAUCGUUUUGUGGCAUUUUGAUUUUCGUCAACACUUUGUUCCCCCCCAAACACUUCUCCAGCAUUAUGUAAUACAUUUUACCCUCAGAAUUACUAUGGGCAUCUGUCUUUGAAAAUAUGCCGUACUGUACACUGCCAUUUUUAUACGAUUAGUAAAUAGUUGCUAACUUUCAACAGUAUAGCUAUAGUUACGCAUACUAACAGUUCCUCUUAGAUAUCCUCGGAUAAACAUUUGCAUGUUUUUUAUUAGUGUGGUCAAGUUUUACAACUCAGGACAAAGUCUGUGUUCACCUUGAGAAAGGCUUUGAUUUGAUCGUUUAAGGAUGUUGCCUGUCUGUUUAUUGUACAAAAUGAUAUCCUCAUAUACCAAAUCAAAGCUAAGACAUUGUUCUUCUCCCUUUUGUGAAGAUCUGUCAUUUUUAAAAUCUGCUGUAUUGUCCAGGAGUGACUGUCUUCAGAUUCACCUAGUCUUAAUAUACCAGUGAAUCUCACAGUCUGUUAAUAUACACAGAUACUGACCAGGCAUACAGCACUGUGGUCUUGGCAAUGUAGUCGUCAAUGGAGGACCACAGACCAGGAACUGCAGAGGAUAGAGGACGAGUAGUUGUCCUUCAACCAAAUAUGUUGUCAGAGCAUAGAUCAUCUUUGCUGUUGCUCUUAUCAGCGUUUAUGCCGAUUGAGAGAUGACUGAACUCUCUCUUGUAGUACAGUUUUUUUUCCCCCCCUACAUUUAAAAAAAAACUUUAGUUUGUAGAUUUUUUAAAGAUUUUUUCCCCCCCAUUAUAAAAUGUUCUUGCCCAUGCACACACACACACACACACCACACCACACAGACAUACAGAUGGUGCACACAAGCUCAUUUUAUUUUCGUAUUUUUUAUAAGUAUACACUGCUAUAUGCGCAGGCGCACUAACAAAACAUUUACACAUGCGCACACACUUUUUUUCCUUCAUUGCGGUAACACUGUUGUCUUUUUCAAGAAAUAGAAAAACUAGAAAUAAAAUUUAUGAAAAAAAUAUG